AUGAUGAGUGCGCCCGUCCCUCACUUCCAGAUUGACGACGGCGACGAAUUCUCAGUUCCAUACUCGACGAAUCUAGCCAUGCAAGCACAUCGGGUCGAAGAUGAGAUCAUGGAGCUGCUCUGGCAAGACAAACGCCAGAGACCGGCCAAGCCACGAUCUCCGCCGUAUGUGUGCGAGGACGCCGCGAUAGCAGCAGGCGGCCGUGAGGAGGGGGUGGCAAGUCAUGAGAUGACGGUGACGUCAUCGCCCGUCGGCUCCACCACAGCUGGCAUGGGGGGGCUAGCUCCGACGAGCGCGGCGUCACAGCUUCGCAUGCAGACGGAGAAGAGGAAGGACGGCGAGUGGCUCAGUGACAAGGACGUUUCUUUUAAAUCCGCUAAUGCAAAGGAGCAAGUUGCUAAAUCAACCCCUGCAAAAAGAUCUCGCAGUGCAAAUGACCACAAUCUGUUGGAGAUGGAAAAUAUGCCUAUGAACAAUCUGUGGCAUAGUGGUUGGGACCGGUUCCCCAAUGUUUUGCUCAGAAACAUAUCCGGUCUCCAUAGACGUAGAGACAGAAUAAAUGGAAAAAUGAGGGCCUUGCAACAACUUAUUCCUCAAUCCACCAAGGCUGAUGAAGCAUCAUUGCUGGAUGAAGCGAUUGAGUACUUGAAGUCACUUCAAUUGCAAGUGCAGUCACUUCAAUCGGAAGUGCAGAUGAUGUCCAUGGGGUGUGGCUUGGUCCCUGUUGUAUUUCCUGGUUUACAACCCUACAUGCCAUGCAUGAACAUGGGCACUGCAAUAGAUGCAGGCAUGAAUCGCUCCAGGAUGCUAUUUCCUAACGUCUUGGCUGGUUCGAUGACGCAACCGUCACCUAAUGGUGCUCAAUUGGGCCCUGGGUUCCCCAUUCCAACCUUUAGCACGCAGCAAGAAACUCCUGAUCAAUUAGGAACACCAUCACCGAAUCUUUUGGAUCUGAUCAUUAAGCUCACAGAUGAUUAA